GUCACUGGCCACAUGGCAGUUUCAGAAAUUAGAUCAAAACUUAAGCUGAAUCCUCUAACAAAAGUACCCAUCUCCCAUGGCAAGAGGGAUAAAGACUUACCAGGAUUUCAAUGCCAAAUACAACACAAAGAAAAGAAGUUAAGUGCUUCACAAAUGGAAGCCUUCCAACAUGCCUACAACUUCUUCAACAAGGAUAAAACAAGCUGUAUUGAUUUACAUGGAAUGAUGUGCACUUUAGCUAAGUUGGGAAUGAAUCUAAACAAGCAUGAUGUCUAUAAUGAAUUAAGAUGUGCUGAUAUUGAUGGUGACUAUUUCCAAAAGAAAUUCCAGCAUUCUGAUGCAGGAGUAUUGUGGAGUCCCUGUGCUACAGGUUAUGGAAAAAGGAGACUUAAGCCAGAAGUAUACGCACCUCCAAGCUCAAGCACAGCUGCCUUUGCUAAUGCUGCCCAAGCUGCAAUAAUGCAAGAAAAGGAUUUAUUUAAAUUUCUUGAAGAGCUCAAAAGAUGCAAUCCCCCUUCAGAGAGCCCAUAUUCAAAAAUACCCAUCUUUCCACUGUUUCCUAACGUGGACAGGGUGGUGAUGGGAAAGCCAUUCAGAGACUUACAGAAAUUAGAAAUGUUAAGGAAAAAGGAGCCUUUGAAUUUCUUUGAUAAUUAUUUUUUCCAUAAAAAAGACUGGAAAACACAGGCAGCAAAUAUAAAGCCUAUAAACCCUGCCUCAGGCUAUUCAAGUGAAAUCUAUACCAUUGAUCAAAUGUUCAAGAAAAAGCAGACUUGGACAGUGGUCGAUGCAGCUGCUAUUAAACAGCACGUGAAGAGAGCUACAGACACCUAUAAUUUAGGAAUUGCCCUUGAGCACCGGAAAGAAAUGCUAAACCUCUGGCGCAAGAUCCGAGGGGAUUUGAUUGGGAUAGACACUAAAAAUGAAUCCUUUUAUGACACCUUUUCUACUUACACGUGGUCCUGGAAUGUUUGUCAAGAAUUACUUUCUCCUAAGGACUUAAAGUUAUAUGAUGCCUACAUGAAUAGAAAUUCCUUCCACAACUCUGGACUCUCUUCCUCAUCAGAUAUCAGUGACAGUGACACAGAGACAGGAAGAAAAAGAAAACGGAAAAGUUCCAAAGGGUUUCAACAAUGA